AGCAAAUAAACAAACCAUGUCUUCCAAGUCAAACAUCCGCGUCGAAACUGCUCGCGAAGAGGACAUGCCACGAUGCAUGGAACUCGUCCUCGAGGCCUUUGGCCCCUUUCCCAACUUUGACAUCAUUGGGGGCCCAAACACCGAAGAGAAUCGCAAGCUGAAUGCGGAGCGCCAUUUGCGUGGUUAUAAAGAACACCUUGAGAAGUAUCCAUCCGUGUCCCCGGGGAUCAAAUGUGUGCACACGGAUCCAGAGACGGGAGAAGACAAGAUUAUCGGGUUUGCGGAGUGGUUCGUUUAUGACAGGGAGAGGACGGAGGAGGAGUACAUGGUUGAGAAUUACAUUCUGCGGAUGGAGUGGAUCGAGGACGAGGCGAAGCGGAAGGCGUGUCUGGAUGGGAUGGAGCCGGAGUUUGCGCUGCGGCGGAAGAUCAUGGGGGGUAGGCCUUUUGCGUUGCUUUGUUAUAUGUGCGUCGAUCCGGCGUAUAGGAGGCGGGGGGCGGCGACGGCGUGUGUGAGGUGGGGGAUGGAGAGGUGUGCUGAGUUGGGGAUUCCGGGGUACCUUGAGGCGAGCGAGGAGGGGAUGAGGACGUACAAGACGCUGGGGUGGGAGGUGUAUGAGGGGGAUGGGGAGGGGGAGAAGAUGACGUUUCCGCCGAUGAUUUGGUGGCCUGAUGGUGUUGAGAGGUGGUGA